AGAAAACUUUAUAGUUUAUAGAGUGUAGAUUAGAUAAAGCUCUGACCUUGGAACGAUUUUGCCGGAGCUUGCAAUGGCGCAACUAAUACGACCAAUAAGGCAAUUGUCGCCGCAAUGUAAUCACCAUUUUCGUAAUCUCCGGUAUUUGUUUUCGAAAAAGCUACCGAACCCACCUUCUUCUAUCCCCACUCUUCUUCUCUUCUCGUCUUUCUCCACUGAAAGGUCUCCACCUCGUCGGCGAAUUCGUCCCGCGCCACCGGAAGCUUUAAAGCCUACUGUUAUUGUUGCCGAAGAAGAUGGUGAUAACGAUGGUUACGAGUCUGAUUCGUUGAGGAGUCGUAACCAGCGGAAGCGUGAUGCUCGCCGUGCCGUUAAAUGGGGUAUGGAACUUGCUUCCUUCUCCGGUGAUCAGGUUAAGCAGAUUCUGAAAGCUGCGUCGCUUGGUGAAGAGGUUUAUGAUGCAUUGAUGCUUGCGAAGAGACUAGGCUCGGAUGUUCGAGAAGGAAAGCGUAGACAUUUCAACUAUAUUGGGAAAUUGUUGCGUGAAGUUGAACCUGAUUUGAUGGACACUCUGAUUAAUGCUACAAAGCAGGGUGAUCACUCAACGCUGCAGACGCUGAUUAGUUCAGCAAAGGAUGUCGCAGAUGAUGUUGGAGACAGUUAUGAUGAUGAUACAGAAACAGAGUCAGAAGAUGAAGAGGAGGUAAGUGUAAACUUGUAUCUCAAUAUAAGUAUACCAUUCAUGUUAAGUGAUUUACACAAGAAAGUUGUCUCCUAGAUCGCUUAGUUAAAUUCCAUCUUUAGGAUAGUUUCAGUAACUGCAUGGGAGAUAUGAUUUUAUGGGGUCUGACGAAUAUACGGCUAUGGCUGCGAGAUGGUUUGAUGGCCUAAUCAGUCAAAAUGUGGAACUUACAAAGGAGGUUUAUUCUCUUCAGAGUGUUGAUUUCGAUAGACAGGAAUUGCGUAAACUUGUUCGGAAAGUACAGUUGGUUCAUGAGCAAAGAAAAGGCACAACAGAGGAGAAGCAGAAAGAAGUUGAGGCUGCAUUAGUGACUGCUGAAAAGUCUCUGAAUCAAUUCCUCUGCUCCAUGGCGAAACAAGUGCACAGUGAGCAGACUGAUUUGUACUUAUGAAUGAUAAUGUGUUCUUGACUCUCUAUUUGUUUUUUAUAUAUAUCAGAACUCCAUUCUUUCCCCAGACAUCCAAAGGACCAUAGUUUUUUAGGUGAAUGUUGUUAAUCGAAUGAUCCUGUACAAUAAGUCCAUAAGGCAUAAGCUUGGCAAAUUGAAUGAUGCUGUUAAUUCAGGAUAGUAAAUUCGUAAUCAUUCUUUCCACUUGAC